AUGCCAGCGCCGUCGGUGGCUGCUGCGCCCACAGACGGGCCAGUGCUGGGCACGCGCAUCCUACAGUCGGAGGCUUGCGCCGACGCUCAGUUCGUGAUUGCCGCUCUGCUGCCCCCGCGCGACGCCGCAGCGCUGUCGGGCGUGAACAAGGACUACUACUUCAUCGCGCGCAGUCCGCUAAUUUGGGCGUCGCACGUGCAGCACAUUCGCAAGACGAACCCGGAGGUGCAGGCUCCGUUGGCGGUGUACGAUGACCCGUACGAGGAGUACAAGGGACUUCGUGCUGCGGGAGAGAGGCACUCGGCCGAGGAGCUGGUCUCGCACGUCAAGUCUUUCAAGGAGAAGGAGCUGCUGCUCUUACGAACCUUCGGCACCGUGACGGAGCCGGGGACGGAGAGUGCCACUUUCGAGCCAAACGGCCCGAUCUCGCUGCCUGUCCCGGCACAGCUCGCGCUGGAGCUGCUUUUCGCGCUGGACAACGUGCCGUCUUCAAAGGCGGCACCAGUCACGGGGGACGUGUACGCAAAGGUUGCGAGUAUUCUGAGCGUUAACAAAACAUCGCUCCGGAACUUGCGCGAUAAGACGGUCGGCAACACGCGCCGUCCCCUCGACCUCGCCCGACGGCUGGCUGCGCCGUUCGGCGCGCCGGCGGAGGAGGGGGGCAGCAAGCGAGGUCGGAGGGCCGGAAAGGCGCGCAAGGCGGCUGCGCCAGCGCUCGACGGCGCGACGGUGGGCCUGGCGCCUGAUCCGGAGCGGCGACCGCUACCUCCGGUCGCGCUCCCUCGGGGCGGCGCAGAGAGGUUGCAGCAGCGGAACGUCGCGCUUGUGGCUCGCAUGGACGCGGAGGCGGAGGCGCACGCGGCUACAGCCACGUCUCUGCGCGUCGAGCAGCGCGCGCGAGCGCAGCUCACGGCGGAGGUGCAGAGAUUGCGAGAGCGUCUGCAGGAUGCGGCACACGUGUCGGACCAGCAACGUCUGGCGGCGAACGCUCGCAUCGACACGCUGAACGGCACCAUCCAGAGGAUGCAGGCGCAGGCGGAGCGGCUGAGGCUGGCUGCCGCGUCCGCGCGCGCCGCGGAGCAAGCGGCUCGUGAGGGGCGCGGCGAGGCGCAGUUGCGUGCGUUCCUUGGCCAAGAGCAUCAACGGCGCUUGGCGGCCGAGCGGCGCGUGGAUGAGCUGGCUCAACUGCUGGCCGCCUCCGAGUGGCGCGGGAGCCUGGCCGAGCAGGCGUGCCUGGCCGCCGAGCAGCGAGCAGCGGGCGCGGAGGCCGGGCAAAGGUCGGCGGAGGCCGCGGCGGCCGAAGCGCGGGCGCGGGAGGCCGCAUCUUCGUCUUCGAGGUCGAAGGCUUUAAAGAGGCGGUACGCGGCCGAGGCGCUGGAGCAGAGCCAGACGGGGAAGAUCUCGCCGUCGAAGAGAGCCGUUGUGGCCGCGGUCGUGGGGCGUCCCGAGGUGGGCGACGCCAUCACCCUCAACGGACAGAGGUUCGUGCGCGUCCCCGCAGCGCGUGUCGGCAGUAGCGAUACGUCGGAACGGCAGGACCGGAGGCGUACACGCACUACGACGCAGGUGCUCGGGCACCUCGCGGGCGGUGAGGAGCACGUCGUCUCACUCAUGCAGACGCACGCGCGCGCCAACCCUCGCUUGUACGCGCAGCUGGGCGAAAAGCUCAACAAGAAGCUGUCGACCGAGGAGACCGUCACGCUCGUCGGCGAGAUGACUGGCGCGCUGGGCGAGUGCGUGCGCGGCUACCUGAAGGGCAUCGGCGUCCAGAUUGCGAACCGCUCAGAGGUCCGCGCUGCGCUGCGAGCCGGUGAGCACACGCACGAGACGGGGACGUUCACCGUCGCCGACGAGAAGUCGCCCUCGAAAACGAAGACUGCGGCGUGGAUUCGCGUCGUCGACCUGUUGGCGAGCGUGCAGCAAAUGGUGAGCGAGCACGCGGCGGCCGGCGACCUCGAGUGGCCGUCCUCGUGCAAAGACAGCGAGAUCCAGGUGGUCAUCACGGCGGACAAGGGCGGCGACUCCACAAAGUGGGUGCUCAAGCUGCUCAACACGCGGCACGCCGACUCGACGCGGUCGAGCCUGCUGCUGGCGCUGCUCACCAAGGUGAAGGACGUGUACGUGCACGUGCAGACGGUGUUCGAGCCGAUCUACCGGCAGGCCAACGUGAUCGAGGCGUUGGGCCUCACGGUGAUGGCGCCGUGGAAGCCGCGGUUUAACCGUGCAGAGAUCUGCUUGGCGAGGCAGCACCCCAACGGCCCCAACUAUCCUGUCCGCGCGCCCCCAAAGGUUGCUGCGUAUGACGCCGGGAAGGCGGUGCGCGUGAUGCUGUCGGUGCUCUCCUUCCAGUAUGGCGGCUCUGCAGUGUCCUUGUCGCUGCAGCCGCGGGCGCAGCAGUCGAGACGGGCGGCCUCGAAGAAGGCGGUGGUACCGGCUGCCAACUGGAAAGGCACGCGCAAGCAGCCGAGCGCGCCGGUGGCCGCGCCGGUGGCCGAGCAGGGUGAGUGCGCAGUUGGCAUCGCGAGUGGCGAGAGGCGAGACUGA